AUGAGAUAAAUUUGCUAUAAAAACUUAUUAUUUGGCCUUUUGCUGAUUGCUUCAAUUGUUACUGCAGAAUCUUUAUUUCCUCAUGAAGAAUAAAUAAAAAUUAUAGAUGGAGAAGAAUACGUGUAAACUCCUUAUGGUUUGAUGUUGAGAGAAUGUGUUCAAAAUGUUCCAUCAGGUUCUUAUGUUUAAGAAUCUGAAGAUGGAUCGGUAUUCAUCACAAAUGAUUAAAAAAAUUUUUCUUAAAGACUUGAAAGAAAUGAGAAAUGUUUACAAAAAAAUCCUGUAAAAAAAUUAAAAGAUUCAGUAAAAAUUGAUGAUUGGCUAGAUUAUGGUGAUUGGUAUCUUCCUGAAAAUACUAAAUUAAGUAAAUUUGAGUCAUUCUAUUUUGUGCCUAAUACUCCAAUCAAUAAGAAUGAUUAAUAUAUAUACUAUUUUAUCGGAGGUUAGAAUAACGAUAAUAGUGGCUCAGGUCUGUCAGUUAUUUAGCCUGUUUUGAGUUACACAUUAGAUGGGUGGUAUUUUUAAUCAUGGAACUGCUGCCCUAGUGGAUAAGCUAUUAACACUCCAGCUGUUAAAAAUAUUUCUCCUCAUGACUAAGUUUAUGGUUCAGUUGAAGUAAAAAACUCCUAAGUAACUAUCAUCUCUUAAAAUAAAUUUGGAGAAUAAUCAUUACUUACUGUUGAUUCUAAUGGAAGAAAUUUUAAUUGGGUAACUGCUGCUUUGGAAGUUUACAAUACAACUAAAUGUAAUGAUUAUCCUACUGGAAAUAUGACUUAUUCGUAAAUGAAUAUCACUCUUUCUGAUGGAACUUAAGCUGUGCCAUAAUGGAACAAAACUGCAAAUACAGAAUGUGCUGGGUAAACCAAAAUUAUUGAUUCAAAGACUAUAACUAUUUCACACAACAUUAGCGAUUGA